AUGUCGCGGAGGGGAGCGAGUGUACCGGCCACCGGGGAGGCGGGGACCCCGGCAGAGCGCGCCCCACGAAGCCGGAGGUGGCGGGAAGCCCGGCUUCCAGGCUGGAGGAUCCGCACCUUCGUCGCCCUAAGUGUGCUGCCCCUGGUCUCAACGAACUCUUCUGAAACAGAUAUUGGGAAAGAAGCCAGGAAGACAAUUGCUACCCCUAUCAAAUGCCCGCCAGGCUCCCAUGCAUCACAAUUCAUCGGCCAGUGUGUUGCCUGCGAAUAUGGGAAAACGUUCACAAAUGCUAGUAACACCCUCCAUUCUUGCUUAAGAUGUACUGUUUGUAAACCAGAGCAAGUGGAGAGACAUCUGUGCAUCCCCACCAGAGACACGGAGUGUGCGUGCAAACCUGGGAUGUUUCAUGAUGAAGACAACCCGGAGAUCUGUCACAAGUGCAGCCCUGGGUGCCCUGAUGGGAUGGUUGAGGACAGUCCCUGUACCCCCAAGAGUGACCGGAAGUGUAUUCAGAAAAGCACUACAGAAACAGGUACCAAGGCCACUGGGGAACAGGUGUUUGAAGAGCCAGCCCUGAACGCUCUUCUCACACGGGGACCGUACUACCCGUGGUGCUUCCAGUCCUUCUUAUGUCUGUGGCGUGUUUCUGUUGGAACGGGCUCUCCAAAGGCCCGGCUCCGGUGGCUGUGCCCCAGCAGAGGGCCCGGGGCUGGUGACAGUGUUCACAACGAAGCCCUGAACAGCAAUCUGUCGCCCAUGCUGGACCCUGAGCUGGGAAUGGAAGGCCAGCAGCAGGCUGGGGUGGCAAGUCCCCUUGAACAGAUCCCCGUGGAAGGAGAGCCUCUCCUGGAACACCCACAGGCUGAAGGGCCUCAGCUGAGAAGGCUGCUGCUGGUUCCAGUGAAUGGUGCAAACCCCAUGGAAACGCUAGAGUCCUUCUUUGAUUACUUUAAAAGUGAAGUACCUGUGCAUUCCUGGGACGCAGUCAUGCGGCAGAUGGGCCUCACGAGCAAUGAGAUCCACGUGGCCAGAAGCAGUGCCCCGUGCCCGGAGGAGCAACCUUACAACUUGCUGCAGAAAUGGCUCCGCAAAGCCGGGAAGGAGGCCUCAGUCAACAGCUUGCUGGCCGCCUUGGACGCGCAGGGAGAGGGGGACGCGCGCGAGCGGAUCCAGCGCCACCUGGUGGCCUCCGGGAAGUACACCUGUGAGCCCGCCAGUCCGACGGGCGAGAGCGGAGGUGUGCUGUGCGUCUGA